UACAACUUGCUACAUUAGAUCAAAUGUAUUCUGUAGUUUGUACUCUCAAUUAGUAUUAAAGUAUUGUAACUUCUAUACUUCUAUAGUAAUCUUGUAUUUUUGUUGCUACUAGCAUGGUGCCUAGUAGUUCUUAAAAGCAAUUUAAAUGUUUUACACGUUUUAAUUAAUUUUCAUAUGCAUCAAUAAUGUACAUAAUAUACAAUGUUCUACAAUGUUGAAUACUUAUGUGUCAUCAAAUGACUAUAAUACUCAUAUAAAUGUAAAAUAGAUUUUCUUAAAUUGAUAAUUGGAUUUUUAAAUAAUUUGACAAUAUUCACACUAAAUGGCUCAAGAAGUAGUGUACGGGACUCAGGACGACACCCAUGUCGUUAUGUCUGAGAAAGUACAAUCACUAGCUGGUAGUAUUUAUCAGGAAUUUGAAAAAAUGAUAUCCAAAUAUGACGAAGAAGUUGUGAAAAAUUUAAUGCCAUUGGUUGUUAACGUUUUGGAAUGCUUAGACCUUUCUCAUACAGAAAAUCAAGAACACGAGGUAGAAGUUGAGCUAUUACGAGAAGAUAAUGAACAAUUAGUUACUCAGUAUGAGAGAGAAAAACAACUACGAAAAUCUGCAGAACAGAAACUUCUGGAAAUGGAAGAUUAUAUUGAAGAUGAGAAAAAAGAUUAUCAAAGUAAAAUAGAAAGUUUAGAAUCAAUUGUUAGAAUGUUAGAAUUAAAAUCAAAAAAUGCUUCAGACCACGUUUAUAGAUUGGAAGAAAAAGAACAAGAUAUGAAACAAGAGUACACAAAAUUGCAUGAACGAUACACAGAAUUAUUUAAAACUCACAUGGAUCAUAUUGAACGUACAAAAAUUUUAAUGGGUUCUGGUGAUCGAAUGGAUAAUCCUAGAAGUAUGCGUAUGCCUUUUAUGAGCAUGGCCCAUAUGAAUCGAUCUUCUGGACCAGUUUCAUUUGGGUUUAGUUCCCUUGAAAGUCCAUCUACACUGAAGUCUAUUGAUGGAUCCAAUGAAUAUCCAUUAGUUAUAUCUAAUUCUCCUCCAGGCAGUAUGCAUUCCAAUUCUAGUCUGAAAAAUGAAUUACAAACCCAAGAUCUUGAAACUUCUGAGGCAGAAUCACGUUUACGUGUUGAUCAAAUAUCUGAACGAGGUUGGUCUGAAACUUUAAAUUCUAUUAGUAAAGCUGAUGACAGUAGUCCAGACGAAGUUCCAGAAAUAGUAGAAGAAAUAGAAGCAGUUUCUAAAAAUUCUGUCACGUCACUUAGUGGGCGUAGUCAUACACAAAGAGAACAAAGACCUGCUACUAAUGUUUUAUAUCAAGAAUUCAGCUUUCAAGAUAAUGAAGUACAAGUAGAAUUAGAAGAAGUGCCAGAAAUUACUGGAAAUUGGGUACAUCCUGGAGAUUAUGCUUCAUCUGUUAGCAGUGAGACUGAACCAGAAACUCCACUCUCGAUAGUUAAUGAUAACUUUUUCGGUAUGGGAAAAGAAGUUGAGAAUCUCAUUAAAGAAAAUACUGAACUAUUGGCUACAAAAAAUGCUCUCAACAUUGUUAAAGAUGAUUUAAUUAUUAAAGUUGAUGAACUUACAAGUGAGCAACACAUUUUGCGCGAAGAGUUAAAAGCUUUGCAAACACUAAAUGUUCGUUUGGCUCAAAAAGCAUCUGAAGUCGAAGAAGAGUUAAAAAAAACAAAGCAAGAAUUAGAACAGCUGAAAUUGAAUAAAUCUGAUUCUGAUGAAGAAAAAUCAUAUGCAGAACGUAAAAGAUUUACCCGUGUUGAAAUGGCCAGAGUUAUUUUAGAACGAAAUAAAUUUAAAGAACAACUAAUGGAUUUAGAAGAAUCACUUCGUUGGCAAGAAACUGUCCGGGCCAUUCGAUUGGAGCCAAAUGAGAAAAAAAAACAGGGUGUGUGGAGACUUUUCAGCAACUUAUUUGGAAGUAGUGUCAAACCAAACGACACUGGACUUGGAAGUGGAGAUAGCGGAGGAGGCGUAGUUACGCGUCCAAGAUCAAUACAUUAUGAUCCAUCAUCUCAUCAAGUGGGUCCCUCUAGCAUAAUGAAAAGACGUAGUAUGAUAGAAGGAGGAAGAUAUAGUAGAUAUGAAGAUGACAUGUUUAGUGACAAAGCUAAGCGUUCUGAUCGACGUGUCCAUUUUGGAAGAAUACGUACUCAUAUUCCUAGAGAAGAAAGCUGGUUACAAGCUUAUGGUUGGAGUAUGCCAGCUGAUCCUUCAAAUGGUAGACCCCUUUUAAGUAUGCCACAUCAAUCUAAUAGUCAAAGUACAAACUAUCCUGUACCGGUUCUAGUAAACUGUUGUUCACCGCUUGCUGAUACUGAACCUGGAAUGAAGAUGUGGUGCGCUACAGGAGUUAAUCUUAGUGGAGGUGUUACCAAAGAUGGUGGUGAAAUUGUUGGGGCUAGUGUAUUUUACAAUAAUAAUAACAAUAAUAAUAUGGAAGAACCCAUCAGUAAAAAUUCAGAAUUUCAAACUACUAUUGAUGAAAGCUUAGAAAUGAAAAAAUUAGAUGAAGAGUUAAAAGAAAAUAGUAGAACAAACGUUGAAUCAGAAUUAGUUCUAUCGUCACUUAUUUGGAUAUGUACUACAACUAAUAAUAAUACUAAAGUAGUUAUUAUUGAUGCCAAUAAACCUGAUAUUGUGUUAGAGACAUUUCAUAUUUCCUGCCAAGCUCAUAUUGGUUGUAUUGCUUCAGUACCAGGGGCUUUAGAAAAUGAUUAUGUGGAUAAUGAUGUUAUAAAUUGUGAGCCUGAACAAACUGAAGAAGUUACUGAAGAAGACAAGCAAUUACCAAAAGAUAAAAAUUCGGAUGUUGAAAUCGGCAAAAUUAUGUUUGUUAGUUGUGCAGCUGGUAGUGAAGAAACUUAUUUAGAUGAUAGUCAUAAAUCAGAUGAAAUAUUAAAUGACAUCAACUCUGAUAAGGUUGAUGAUGAAGAUAGCAUAUCAGAUUCUGUUCAAGCAAAUAAUAAUAGCUGUGAAAUACCAAGAAGACCUAGCCUAUUGAAAGAAGGUAUCAUAAAGGAUGGAAUAUCUGACCCUCUAAAUGAAAACGGAAUAGCAAAAGAAGAUCUAGAUAAUAUGUCAAGUGUCUUACCUACUAUUUGGUUAGGAUUUGAAAAUGGUUGUAUAUUUGUACAUUCUGCUAAAUCACAGUGGAGGCGAUGUUUACAUUCAGUAAAAUUAAAAGAUGCUGUGUUGAGUAUCAUUUAUGUUGAUGGUCGUGUUUUGUGUGCUUUGGCUAAUGGAACAGUAGUUGUAUUUCGACGUGAUGAUGAAGGUCGAUGGGAUUUAAGCAAAUAUCAUAGUGUGACAUUAGGACCGCCUCAAAAUGCAGCUCGAUGCCUUGUAUCAGUAAAUAGCAAACGAGUUUGGUGUGGUUAUAAAAACAAAGUACACAUUAUUCAUCCACGUUCAUUAGUUGUUAUUCAUACAUUAGAAGCACAUCCUCAUAAAGAAAGUAAAGUUCGCACCAUGGUUUGGGUAGGAGACGGCGUUUGGGUAUCCAUAAGACUUGACUCAACAAUAAGACUUUAUCAUGCAUAUAAUUAUAAUCAUUUACAAGAUGUUGAUGUACAACCAUUUAUUAUCAAAAUGCUAGGAUCUGAUAAACCACAACUAUCGUGUAUUAGGAUAACAGCAAUGCUAGUUGCUUCUAACAGGCUAUGGAUUGGAACUGGAAUUGGUGUAGUUAUAUCAGUCCCUCUUUUAGAUAAAGGUCUCUUAGGAUUUCCAAUUAAUAAAGAAGUGAAAGUAUAUUCUGAACCAAAAACUCAAGAGAUAACACCAAGUAGUUUCAUACCAUAUUGCUCAAUGGCCCACGCUCAACUAUCAGUACACGGAUUUAGAGAUUCUGUGAAGUUUUUUGUAUCUGUACCAGGAUCUGGAGGUUUUUCUGCUGCAUCUGCCAUUCAACAAGACGAACCAAUUGUUAAAAGUGUACCUGAUGCUGAACAUUUGACAUCCACAUUGAUUAUAGCUGGUGGUGAAGGUUAUGUAGACUUUAGAUCUGAUGAACAAGGAGAUGGUGACUAUUUUGAUCGAACAGAAAAAAAUCAAUUAUUCCUCUGGGGAGUUCAUUCAGAAGCUAAAAGUAAAGCAAGAUUGGAUGUCAAUUCACUAAAUAAUACAAUUUAGUAAGAUAGAAUUUUCUUAAUUGUUCAUAUAAAGUGCCAUUUCCCAAUAUUAUAUUUGAUAUUUGAACUAAAUUGAAUCUAACCUUAUAGCUGAUUCUUCCUCUAUAAUCUAUAUAAUUUUAUUACUAUCUAUUGCUUUUGUUACCUUAUUUAUUAUUCUCAUCUGUUAUAUUAUUAUUUACAUUAUGUUAUAUUGUGCUGUGAUUUAUAACUCAUUUAGUACAUUUUUGAGGUUUUUUUUAUAACUAACUGUUGUUUGUUGAUUUUUUUUUAUUGGACAAUAUAAUUACUUAUUUUUAAGAUAUUUUAAUCGAUUAUUAUUUAUAAAACAUUUUUUUACAUUAUUGUAUGAAACAUUUUAGUCAAAUCAAGCAUAUAUACAUAUAACUAUAUGUGUUAA